AUGCACCUUGGCCCGCUGCUGAAGACGCCCGCGGCCCUGCUGCUCCUGGCAGCGAGCUGGUUGGGCGCGGCGGCAGCGCAACCGGCAAAGGCGCCCAGGUGCGACGAGCUGCGACCGCCCAGCAUCGCCGGCGCCACGGUCGUCGACGUACAGACGGCCGAGCGCACCAACGUGACGCUGUCGCGCACCAUCCGGUUCUGCGAGGUCAACGUGACCCUCACGCACGGCACGGCCGACGACCGCGUCCUCAUCUCGACCUGGCUGCCCGCCGACGACCUCUGGAACGGCCGCUUCCUCGGCACUGGCGGCGGAGGCUACAUCGCCGGGAGGUUCGCGGGGGAAUUGGCGCCCGCCAUCGCGCGCGGCUUUGCCGCCUCGUCGACCGAUGCCGGCGUGGGCUCGGCCAACGACGGCGAGUUCAUCCUCAAGACUGACGGCAGCGACCAAGUCAACCGCGACCUCCUCGUCAACUUUGCCCACCGCUCCAUCCACGAAAUGACGCUGACUGGCAAGCACCUGACGCGCCAGUACUACGGCAGCAAGAGGAGGCUCUACUCGUACUGGACUGGCUGCUCGACGGGCGGGCGGCAGGGCAUGAUGGAGGCGCAGCGGUACCCGACCGACUACGACGGACUGAUGGCAGCGGCGCCUGCCAUCAACUGGGCCACAUUUGUGCCUGCCAUGGACCACACGUCGCUGCUGCGCCGCCGGCUGGGCUUCCAGGGCCCCGCGUGCGAGCUGAGCGAGGUGCGCCGGCUGGCCGUCGAGGCGUGCGACGCCCUCGACGGCGCGACCGACGGCGUCGUGGCGGCGCCCGAGCUGUGCGAGUUUGACGCCAUGAGCGUCGUGGGUCGCCAGUUCCGGUGCACCGGCAACGACAACGGCACCGACACCAACACGGGCAACGAGACGACGAGCAUCUCGGCCGAAGCUGCGCGGAUCGCCAACGAGGCGUGGCGCGGGCCCAGCCUCGAGGGCAAGCGGGUGUGGUACGGAUACAACUACGACUCGGACCUGCUCACCGAUGCCGGGCUGGACCCGCGCUUCUCCAAGUACGCCCAGGCGUGGACGAGGCUGGCCGUGGAGCGGGACCGCAGCUUCGACGUCGACUCGCAGGACGAGGCGGCGUUUGCGUCGAUGCUGGCGCGCAGCCGACACGAGUACGGCGAGCUGAUCGACACGUCGCAGGCGGACCUGUCGGCGGCGUACCGCCACGGCGCCAAGAUCCUCACCUGGCACGGCGGCAGCGACCAGGCCAUCAGCGGCGACGGCACCGUCGACUACUACACGCGCGUGCGGCGCCGGAUGGAGAGGGAGCACGGCGUCGACGUCGACGACUUCUACCGCGUCUUUUUCGCUCCGGGCGUCGGCCACUGCCGCGGAGGGGUGGGCGCGUUGCCGGACGAUGCGCUGUCGCAGCUCGUCGAGUGGGUCGAGAAGGGCAAGGCGCCCGAGCGCCUCGAUGCCACGACGCAGGACGAGCGCAAAAAGAAGCAGCCCCUCUGCCGCCUGCCCACCGUGGCGCGCUACGAUGCCGCGGGCGACGUGCGCUGCGUCAGGUCGUCGUGGGCCGACAAGUUUGAGCCGCUCAAGCUCUGA